AUGACCGUCACCACUUCUCCUCUUCGCAAACUGUCUAACUCUCGGAAUACCAACGAACAAUUCCAGGCCUUGGAUCGUGCCUUGGCAAGGAGAUAUGUCUUUCGUCUGCUUCACGAACAAAGGUUGCGUAGAGUGCAAGAACAAUCUCAAGGCGACGUGAUAUUCAAACCAAGAGCAGAAAUAUGUGACGAUCCAUCUUCCUCGCGUAUUACAGCCACGCUUGAACUUCCCGGCAUGAAAGCAGAUGAUGUACGGGUCACACUCGAGCGCAAUAACCUUCUCGCUGUUUCAGGCGAACGCGUCUCAAAAGCACCUUCUGAUCAGUCUGCAUCCGUGAACUAUCCUGUGAGGGAGAUCAAGUACGGAAAGUUUCUUCGUACACUGGAUGUUCCAUCUGGUACAAUGAUGAGUACCAUAUCAGCGACAAUGAGUGAUGGCAUGCUGCUCGUAUCUUGGCCUCGCUUUCCUCCGGGCGCUAUAUCUCGUUCUCCGCAGUGA